GACUGGCCCUCGACCCCUGUCAAAACCGAGCUGGAACCUCAGCUCCUGUACAAAGCAGUCCAGGCCGACGGGAGCCUGUCAGACAUGUGGGCUUUGCUAUUUAACGCCCCAAUUCGCCUGGUCUUUAUUGUGGCAAGAUUGAUCUGCCAGAUAGCGAAAAGACGGAGCUGACAAGGGUUCUGUGGCUGGGAGACUGACGUUUUUCGCCACGCACGCACGGCGCGACGCGUGUUGAGCUUCUCAAGGCAGCGGUGUCACGCGCCCUGGGACCGAGCCAAUGUACGGGCCUCCUGGAGGUCAGCCAAGACCACUUGGCACGCCAGUCUAUGUUUCGAGGCCUUGGAGCGUCGCUCAUGCAGUGCCUGUGGUACCCGGGAUGCCUUCCGGGUGGGGGCCCGUGCCUGGUGUGGUGCACACGGUGCCCAUCACAUGGAGGCCUGCCGAGACCCGCUCCGCCCGCUGGAUUGUGCCGCCGGUGGCGCCCGAACAGCUUCGGGCGCCGAGAGAUAGCCAAUAUCGGCCGCCGCAGAUGGGCCCAGCGCUUGCAACGCCGGCCGACAGCAGGGAAGCAACCAUGACUACGGAGACAUCGGGUGGCACUUCACCACACGGCUCCAGCCAGUCUUCCAAUUCUGCCCGCGUGGCAAGCCCUGACACUGCAGCGGAAACAAGCCUGACCAUGACCGAGCAAGCAGGCUCACCACAGGCUUUGCAGAAAAGGUCAGUUUCAAAUCUUCUUCAGAAUGCUUUCGGCACGGAUGUGGGACAGAAAGCAGCUGAGCCUGUCAAGCCACUGGAGACGCAACCUGAUCCGGUUCCCAGUUCCAGCACGUUGGCGGCGCGGCAUCGUGAUCAGCCGGGGCUGGCCUUCUUUGCGGAUGCCUUUGUGGCUGGCGAGGAUGAAGCCCACCUCGAGCGUGGCUGCAGGGCAACGGUGAAGAUGCACGAGCUGCCCGCGGCAGGACGCCAACCUGAUCUGGAAGACUCCGGUGAGGCUGAGUGGCCACUGUGGACAGACCCCUGGCGGUCCGAGUCAGAAGCUGCUCGGGGUGGCGCCACGGUCUUUGUGCCCAGCGGGGCUGGAGUUGGAUCGCCUUGUAUGUACUUUGUGCAUGGCGGCGGUUUCGAGUGGGGCUCACCUCUGGAGGAUGGCUACGACAGUCUUUGCUCCAGGAUUGCCGAAGGAUCAGGUAUGAUUGUGGUUUGUCCUGAUCAUCCUCUCUCUGGCGAGAACAGAUCCUUCAAAGCGCCGGCAAUCCUGGACGCCCUUGUAAAAGGACUGAGAUGGCUCGUGCGCUUUGAUCCCGUCGCCAAAGAGCGGCGUGCAGAGGUCCCUCAAAUCCUCCUUGCUGGGGAUUCUGCCGGUGCAACCCAGGCCAUGUCUAUCCUGCUACAAGUCCUCGCGGAAGAUGCCCUGGAGCUGCAGUCUCCUCUCCGCGGCCUUGUGCUGAUCUCGCCCUGGCUCGACUUGACCUGCGGGAGCCACACCUAUGUGAGCAACGCUUUCUCAGCGGAGGCUCACACGGGUGACCUGGCCUUCCGAUCCCCGGCGGACGAGAAUCGGGCGGGCUUCCGUGGCAUGGCCUUGACCUACGCUGGCUCCGCAGGCCUGCUCAAGGACUGCAUUGUCAGUCCCUAUUGGCUGGCACGUGACGGACGUGGGGAAUCAACGGAUGUGCUCCGGAAGCUCGAGAAGUCUGGACUUCCUGCACCUUGGCGCGAGAUGCCGAACCACAGAUCUGGAUAUGCAGCGGAGCUUCGGAGACACUGGCCGGCGAGGUCCUGGACUUUGUGCAGCGGCUUUCUGGCAAGGUGCCCAUGGAGCUGUGGCUCCAUGAAGGGAUGUUCCACGACUGGGUGAUGUAUGCUACAGAUCGGCCAUUUCCAAGCAAAGAAGCAGCCAUGCGGAAUCUGAUGGACUUUCUCACGGAUGUCCGCGAGAGCUCUUGGAAACGGCGCGGCAUCCAAUAUUAUAUUGAUGAAUGGAAAUAGCA